GACAAAAGCAAAUAACAAAGCAACAAUGUCGGCUUUGGAAAUCACCAACUCCCGCCGAAUCCUCCUCGUUGGACAGCGCUCUUCUGGGAAACUGGCCUUUCUAAAAGGUUACCCCUCCGUUACCAAUCAAUCCCUCUCUAUAUGCUCUGGAUACUAAUAUAGAAACCUAGCUCUAACCGGCUCCCUCCCUCCCACGACUUCCACCUCCCCAGCAGGCAUGAGCCAUGCCCUCCCCCUCUCAACAUCAUACUACAAGACCACCGUGCCAAUCUGGGUUGACGAGAUCCCGGGCACCUCCCCAAACACCUGGUCAACCACCUACCUCUCCGCGGAGGCGCGUGAGGUGCUGCAUGCCCUCGGCGCAUUCAUACUAACCUUCCGCAAGCCCUCGUCGGAGGGGGACCUCGCACGCAUCCGCGAGGUCCUACGCGCCGUCCAGGGGAUCGUGAAGGGGUGCGGGUACGCUUGGGACGGCGUGUGUCUUGCGGUUGGCAUGCCGCAGAGUCUGCAACCGAGAUUGGAGCUGGAGGUGGAGGUUUGGGAGGAGAUGUGUAGGGAGUGCGGGUUCGAGUUUGUGGACUUUGAGGUCAAGGCUAGGAAUGAGUUUGGGGAGAGCGCUGGCAUGGAGAGAGUUAGGGAGGCAUUGGAGGCUAAUGAUUGGGCUGCGGAUGAUGAGAUUGGGGACGGGGAUGGGUAUGGGGGUGGUGAGGAUGGUGAUGAUGAUGGUGGGUCAUUUGGAUCGUUUACGGGUGCGGGUGAUGGUGGGGAGGAGGCGGACCCGCUCAAGUUUAUUGGGGAUGAGAUGGAGAGAGAGAUGUUCGGGCUGCAUAGGGCCAUAUUUGGGGGCGAGGAGAGUGCAGGGGAUAGUAGCGUCCGUGGGAUCACGGAUGACGAUGAGGACGAAGAGGCGCAGGUGGAAAAAUUGGAGACUAUGAUGAUGAAGAUGAGUGCUCUCAAAGGUAUGUUUUUUUAUUUUCCUUCCUUACUCGGGUACCCCUAGCCGGAUCUAAACGGUCCUACCGAAUAAAUCAUUACUACUAAGCUUAGGAAAUACUAACAGCACACAAACUAGACAUGGGCGAAGAAGUCUCUAAACAAGAACGCCGAAGGGUAGCCGCAAAAGCCCUAUCAGACAUCAUGAAAUCCCCAUAG